CUCUCUUCUGGGGGGGGGUGGGUUGGGGGGGAAGGGGAGACACACGCAAAGCAGGGAGCCGCCCCCCGCGAGAACGUAAAGACGGAGAGCAGAAUCAAGAGAUAAUUCCUCCUCUUCCUCCUCCUCCUCCUCCUCAGCAUCACGCUCGGGAUUCCGGGGGGGGGGGAGGGGGCUUAUGCCACCUGCCCUCCCCUGCCGGUCGCCUCACCGGGAGAGCGGCGGAGCGCGGGGGGGGCGCGCGCGCGGGGCCCUUUAAGGGCGCGCGGCCGCGGCUGAGGCGGCGGCGGGAGAGUGCGGCGGCGCCGGCGAGGAAGCUGCUUAGAUACUGUCAAAGAACCUCCAACUGUCUUCGUGUGAGCAGACCUGCAUCCAUGUUGAUAUGAGUGGAGUGCUCCAUACUGUCUCCUCACAAAAGAGCCCGUUGCAGAAGCAUAGCUCCAGACACACUCUUGGACUCUAGAAGCCUCAAGGUAGUCCCGUGCUCACAAAAUAUGCCAAAAAAUCAGAAAGCGGUUUGUUUUCAUCACUCUGCAGUUCAAACUUUAAGGAUGGCGGACACGGACCUUUUUAUGGAAUGUGAGGAGGAGGAGCUGGAACCAUGGCAGAAAAUCAGUGAUGUUAUUGAAGAUUCUGUUGUUGAGGAUUAUAAUUCAGUUGAUAAAACUGCCACAGCAGUUUCAGUGAGUCUGCAGCCCGUUUCUGCCCCUCUGCCAGCUGUUGCCCAUGCAUCCAUAGGUGCUAAUCUCUCUGCAGCCACGUCAGUCAGUAGCAGUGAGGCUCAGAAUAGUGACAGUGCUAAGAAGACGCUAGUGGCAAUAUUUGUGAACAACAAUGCUGGCAAUCCUCUUGUUCAGCAAAGUGGACAGCCGCUAAUCCUUACCCAGAACCCAACCUCAGGUCUGGGCACAAUGGUAACUCAGCCAGUAUUACGACCUGUACAGAUCAUGCAGAAUGCCAACCAUGUCACAAAUUCUCCAGUGACCAGCCAGCCUAUCUUCAUAACAACCCAGGGAUUUCCUGUGAGGAAUGUGCGGCCUGUACAAAACACAAUGAACCAAGUUGGAAUUGUUCUUAAUGUACAGCAAGGCCAAACAGUUAGACCCAUCACCCUCGUCCCAGCCCCAGGUACCCAGUUUGUUAAACCGGCAGUUGGCGUUCCUCAGGUGUUCUCUCAAAUGGCGCAGGUGAGACCAGGUACAACCAUGCCGGUCCGACCCACCACCAACACUUUCACUACGGUCAUUCCGGCCACGCUUACCAUCAGGAGCACUGUACCACAGUCCCAGGCACAACAGCAAAGUAAGUCCACUCCCAGCACCUCCACAACUCCUACUGCAACGCAGCCAACAGCACUUGGACAGUUAACUGUGCAGCAGCCAGGGCAGUCCAGUCAAGCUACUAACCCCAAAUUAGUGAGUAUUGCAAGCUUUGUGACUGUAAAGAGACCUGGAGUGACUGGUGAGAACAGCAAUGAGGUUGCUAAGCUAGUGAAUACCCUGAACACCAUUCCUUCGUUAGGACAGAGCCCUGGCAAUGAGGUUGCUAAGCUAGUGAAUACCCUGAACACCAUUCCUUCGUUAGGACAGAGCCCUGGCCCACUGGUGGUUUCCAACAGCAGCCCUGUGCAUGGUUCCCAGAGAUCUAGUGUUUCAGAGUCGUCGUCAUCAUCAUCAUCAUUAAAAGUCAGUUCAUCUCCUAUUCCCACAUUUGAUUUGCAAGAUGGUGGCAGGAAGGUCUGCCCAAGAUGUGAUGCUCAGUUUCGAGUCACUGAAGCUUUAAGAGGACAUAUGUGUUACUGCUGCCCUGAAAUGGUUAAAUUCCUCAGGAAAAGAAAAUCUCCAGAAUCUGAACCAAAUAUUCAAUCUGCAAAGCCUCCAUCUCCAGAAAAAACUACAGCUGUUGCUUCACCACCCUCUUCUACUCCUAUCCCUGCACUGUCCCCACCUGCUAAAGCUCCAGAGCCAAGUGAAAAUGUAGUUGACUCAUCCCAAAGUAAGCUUAUUAUGUUAGUAGAUGAUUUCUACUAUGGCAGAGAUGGUGGCAAAGUGAGCCAGCUACUGAACUUCCCCAAGGUUCCAACUUCCUUCAGGUGUCCACACUGCACCAAGAGGCUAAAGAACAAUAUACGGUUUAUGAAUCACAUGAAGCACCACGUUGAACUGGAUCAGCAGAAUGGAGAGGUAGAUGUCCACACCAUCUGUCAGCAUUGUUACAGACAGUUCUCCACUCCGUUUCAGCUACAGUGUCACUUAGAGAAUGUCCACAGUCCCUAUGAGUCAACAACAAAGUGCAAGAUUUGCGAAUGGGCAUUCGAGAGUGAGCCAAUGUUCCUACAGCACAUGAAGGACACUCACAAGCCUGGGGAGAUGCCCUAUGUUUGUCAGGUCUGUCAGUAUCGUUCAUCCCUCUAUUCUGAAGUGGAUAGCCAUUUCCGAAUGAUCCAUGAAGACACACGGCACCUGCUCUGUCCUUACUGUCUCAAAGUCUUUAAGAAUGGCAAUGCUUUCCAACAGCACUUCAUGAGGCAUCAGAAGAAGAGUGUUUAUCAUUGCAACAAGUGUAGACUCCAGUUCCUAUUUGCCAAGGAUAAAAUUGAACACAAGCUGCAGCACCACAAAACUUUCCGAAAGCCCAAACAAUUAGAAGGAUUGAAACCUGGAACCAAGGUUACAAUCAGGGCAUCUAGAGGACAGCCACGGACAGUGCCGAUAUCUUCAAAUGACAUGCCGCAGGGCACUGGACAGGAAACCACUCCGCUGUCAUCUUCUACUGAUCCCCAGCCCAUCUUCCUGUACCCGCCUGUCCAGAGGAACGUCCAGAAGAGAGCGGUCAAAAAAAUGAGUGUCCUGGGGAGGCAGACUUGUCUGGAGUGCAGCUUCGAAAUCCCCGACUUCCCAAACCACUUUCCCACCUACGUGCACUGUUCACUAUGUCGCUACAGCACUUGCUGCUCCAGAGCUUACGCCAACCACAUGAUCAACAACCAUGUUCCUCGGAAGAGUCCAAAAUACUUGGCUUUGUUUAAAAACUAUACUGCCUGUGGUGUAAAGCUGUCCUGUUCCUCUUGUCUCUUUGUAACAUCUGAGGGUGAUGCAAUGGCCGAACAUCUGGUCUUCAAUCCAUCACAUGAGUUUAGUAACAUUAUUUUCCGAGGGCCUACUUGGAUAUCACAUUCCAGGCACAUUCAGCCCCAGGACAAAAGCAUGAAGAACACAUGUCCUACCUAUUCCCCAAGUAAAGCUGCUACUGUGAAAACAAAGUCUAUGUUACCUGCAAAAGAUGACCUGGAGCCUGAACUGGCACCAACAGCCUACAACAGACCUCUGGUCUGCCAGGAAGAAGAGUGCUUAAAUAUUGAUGCUCAAGACGACGAGCAGCCAACAAAGGAGCCUGAGCCUGCAAGCAAAAAGGAGCAGCUGUCAGUAAAAAAGCUGCGAGUUGUACUGUUUGCUUUGUGCUGCAACACUGAACAGGCUGCAGAGCACUUCCGAAAUCCUCAGAGGCGGAUCAAGCGCUGGCUACGAAGGUUUCAAGCUUUCCAAGAAGAGAACUUGGCAUCGCUGUCAGAGGGCAAGUACCUCAGCUUAGAGGCUGAAGAGAAACUAGCGGAAUGGGUCCUCACACAGAGAGAGCAGCAGCUGCCUGUGAACGAGGAGACUCUCUUCCAGAAAGCCACCAAGAUUGGCCGAUCCCUUGAAGGUGGCUUCAAGAUCUCUUAUGAGUGGGCGGUGAGGUUCAUGCUACGGCACAACCUCAGCACGCAUACUCGAAGGGCAGUGGCUCACCCUCUCCCCAAAGAUGUAGAGGACAAUGCCAGUUGCUUCAUCGAGUUCGUGCAGCGGCAAAUCCACACUCAAGACCUGCCUCUCUCCAUGAUUGCAGCCAUCGACGAAAUCUCUCUUUUCCUUGAUGUGGAGGUGCUGAGUAGCGAUGACCGGAAGGAGAAUGCUUUGCAGACGGUGGGAACUGGGGAGCCCUGGUGUGAUGUUGUCCUCACAAUCCUCGCCGAUGGAAGCGUUCUCCCAACACUGGUCUUCUACAGGGGUCACGUACAGCAGCCCGCCAAUGUGCCGGAAUCUAUCAUGUUGGAAGCGAAGGAGAACGGAUACAGCGAUGAUGAAGUCAUGGAGUUGUGGUCGUCCAGAGUGUGGCAGAAGCACACGGAGUGCCAGAACAGCAAGGGCAUGCUCGUGCUGGAUUGUCACCGAACACACCUAUCAGAAGAAGUACUUUCCUUGCUGAGUGCAUCCAGCACUCUGCCGGCUGUUGUCCCUGCUGGAUGCAGCUCCAAAAUCCAACCUCUAGAUGUUUGUAUAAAAAGGACUGUGAAAAAUUUCUUGCAUAAAAAGUGGAAAGAGCAAGCCAAGGAAAUGGCGGACUCCACGUGCGACUCGGACAUUCUUCUCCAGCUGGUGUUAUGCUGGCUGGCAGAGGUCCUGGAGGUCAUUAGUGACUCUCCUGAACUUGUGCAGCAGUCCUUCCUGGUGGCCAGUGUGCUGCCUGGUCCGGACGGCACGGCCAACUCGCCCACACGCAACGCCGACAUGCAGGAGGAGCUGAUUGCCUCCCUGGAGGAGCAGCUGAAGCUGAACGAGGAGCAGCAGGAGGAGGUGGCGGCUGAGGUCCAGGAUCGGACCCAGGCCGAGGAGUCUGCAGACCCAGAGAUCCUCCAUCAGCUCUUCGAAGGGGAGAGUGAGACUGAAUCAUUUUAUGGCUUUGAAGAUGCUGAUUUGGAUCUGAUGGAAAUCUGAGCACUGAUCUGCGAAUCGUGAUCCAGAAAGGGUUAUUUUUUAAAUAAAUGUUGGAUGAGACCAUUACACUUCCCUGUGGAUUUGUGGGUUUAGGAAAUUCGUAGGCGAUCACUCAGAUAAAUAGCCAUUUAUGCUGUUCAUUUAUAAGUUCUGUGCUUUUUUAAAAGAAAAAUCACUGUGUUGGUAUUUUCAGAAAAUAUAUUGUGGGUGAAUAUUUUUGCGUUUUCUUUACCUCACUGUAUCAUAGUUUCUGUUUUUAUUGUGCAGAAAUGUUUUGAAUUAUACAUUUGUCAAUGUGACCAUUUCUAAAGAAAGGAAAAAAAAUAUGUAGCUAAUGAACCAGUAUAUAAAUCUUUUUGGUUGUCUUAACACAGAUUUUUUUUUUUUUUUUUUUAACACUUGACCCAGAGAUUUAGGUUUCUGUGGAAAAUUUAGAUAUGAGUUAUUGCUCUAAUGUGUGAACCUUCUGUAAUUGGCCAUUAAGAUUUGGGUUUGGUUUGGGGUUUUUUUGUUUUGUUUUGUUUUUUUUUCCUAAAGAAGAGUAAUUGUUUUGCUUGUGAAUUUGGACGUGGGGUAAAAACACAAGCGAAAGCAUUUUGCCUGUUCAGUGCCAGCAACGCUUCUUGGGAGCCAUGACACUUUGAACUGGGGUUGAACGGAGAUCCGCAGUCAGGGAGUCAGGGGCAGUGCUGACCCAAACCUCUCGCUUUCCCAUUGACUUUCUGACAUGGUGCGGUGGUUCCUCUCCUCCAUCCAGGAAACCACCCGGCACCCACCUUGCUCCAAAGAAUUACUGAUGGAGGGUACACGGUGGAAGAGGAAAGUCCAGUCUGUCUUGAUCUUCCUGUACAGUAGGUGGGAGUUAAAACUGUACGGACCAUUAAAACGUUGACCUUUUAACUACUAGUAGUUGAUAGACCUGCUUUAACCAGUGGCAUCAGACACUACGUUCCUUAGAAUUAGCAAUCUGACUUAAUGAAACAAACUGUGACGUGCACAAAAAGAAGACGUUUGUUUUUAUUUUUCACUGCCAGCUUAAAUUUUUCUACAAUUUGCAUGUUUGAGGGUUUUUUAAUUGUAUGUAUUAUGGUAUAAAUGGAAAGCAUUUUGACAUACAGAAUUCAGAAGCACCUGCACCUUUCUGUUUCCAUAGAGGUUUUGUGAACCUUCCCUAUUACCUAAGGAAAGCAGGAGGCAGCAUGUGCAGACCUGUAAAUGGUUCAUCUUUAAAAUGUACAUAAGUGGAACAUUUAAUAAAACCAGGGAAAUGGAUUUAUAAA